CUUUUUAGUUUAUGAAUCAGCUGAGUUUGGCACUCAUUCGUGAAAAAAACAUACAGUGUUUUCGAGUGCGAUUUUAGUUAUCAAAGUGAUAUACGUUUGUUCAAAAUGACUAUUCUCAAAGAAAAUGACAGUGUUCUCGUAGUUCUGGAUAACGAACUUUCAAAGAAUGAUAUCGUGGAUUUUGUUAGUGCAAUAAAAAAGCCUCUUGCGAACGCGGAGCAAUUGAUAAUUAUACCAACAAAGGAAUUAGAAAUACGUAUUAACAACGCAUCUUCGUAUGACACGAUUAUUUCUAUUUUCAAGCAAUCGUGUCCAAACUAUAAAACGUUCUUAGAGAACUGUCUGAAAGCAAUAAAACCAAAAGGCACAUUAAUUAUUUACGAGUCGUUCCAACAAAAUAAAAAUGCUGAUGUGCAGUCUGUGUAUGACAGAAGAGUGUCAAAUUUUAAACUGGCUGGGUUUAAAGUGAAAUCACAAGAUAAUUCAGAUACACAAGAGUUGAAAAAUCAUUUACUAGGUAUAUACAGUGACAUUGAUAAUGUUUCUGAAAUAAUAGCAGAGAAACCAUCUUUUGAAGUCGGCUCGAGUAUAGCACUUAACUUUGGAAAAGAGAAAUCCAAUGUGUGGAAAUUAGAUAGUGCUGAUGAUGAAGAACUGAUCAAUGAAGAUGAUCUGUUAGAUGAAGUUGACAUUCUAAAACCUAAAGUGUCUAGUUUAAGAGUUUGUAGUACAACGGGCAAACGAAAAGCAUGCAAAGACUGUUCGUGCGGAUUAGCCGAAGAAUUAAAUGGCAAAACUGUACAAGAAGAAACUGUAAAAUCCUCGUGUGGAAGUUGCUACCUUGGCGAUGCGUUUCGAUGUGCCAGUUGCCCUUAUCUCGGUAUGCCGGCAUUUAAGCCUGGAGAAAAAAUAGUUCUACCCGAUAGUCAAUUAAAAGCAGAGUAAAACAUUAUUUUCACAGAAAAUGCUGGCAAGAAGCACACGUACAGGGUGCAUCAACUGAAAAGGAAACUGGUCUCCAAGUGACAAACACGGCGAUGUGGAUAUUAUGAUUAUGUCCAGGGUAUCAAUGAAGAUAUUUGCAAUGUAAUAGAACAAGAUUCAAACGACCUUAAACGUGAAAACUUCACGAGGAUAUGCAUACUUUUGCAUACGUACUUAUGAUUAGGUAAACAGUUUUUUUUUUCUUCUAUUGUACGUCGAAUACUCAAGAACUGUUUGCAUUAAAAGUUUGCGCUGCGUUCUGAAUUUUUCCCCUACACUUCAAGAUCCGAUUAGAUUUUCAGUUAAUAAAUAUUGUACAUUGCUAUAAACGUAAUAAAAUGGUCUCUGUAAAGCCUCAAUAUUUUCGCUAAGAGAAAAUAUGUAAUCUAUUUUAAAAUUAACAAUUUAAAAUAAUUACAGGCAUUAAUAGAGAAAACGUGGCAAUUAUUUUCCGUCAACGAAUGUAGAAAAUACACGCUCUCUCCCUAGCCGAUCAAUAUACGAAAAUAUUAUGAAAUGCUUAUCAAUGAAGAUAUUAGUUUCUUUAUAUAAUAACUGUUCACUUGUAUUUGUCAUUUUUCCUGUAAAUAGAUUCUCGACUAACGGAAAUUUGACUAUUCCAGUUAAGUUAUUCUCGUAUAGCGUAAAGAAAUCUUAACCCUAUCGUACAAAAUUAAACAUUUACCACCCAUUCGAUUGCUUAUUUUCGUUAGAACCCGAACUGUUUACUUACUUUUGUUGCAUCUUGUAUGCUUCUUCGUAUUUUUACCCUAAAUACGAUGACCUCUUUCGUUUAUUGAAUAAAGAUAAGUACGUGACUGUCGUUGAGAUAGUAUAUAUUUAUUAAAACCACUUUCUUCGCCCAGUCUCUCGCGGGCUCUCAUUAAUGCACGAUACGAAAGAAUUGAUCUGUUUCCAUCGAGUCUAUGUUUUACUUAACAAUGCGUUUAAUUUAAUUUACAUCCUAAAGACGACGAUUUCUUUAUUUAUUGAAUAACGAUAGAUACGUAACUGUCUACGAGAUAAUAUUUAUUUAUAAAAAAACACUUUUUACGCCCAGCCACUCAUUAAUACACGAUACGAUACGAUUGAUCUGUUUCAUCUGUUCCAAACGUGUUUUCGUUGUGUUCAACAAUGCAUUUAAUUUCAUUUAUAUCUUAAGUAUAUUUAUUGAAAAUUAUCUACAUUCUUUGUGUUUUUAACAAUGCGUUUUCUGUUAAAUUAUUUAUAAU